UAAUAAUAAUUGGAUUUUCAGAAAAUAUGACUUGUAUUAUGUUAAUGAAGAUUAUGCUGCAAAGAAACUCAAAUCGGAAUUAAAAGGUGAAAUAUGAGAUCUUAGAUUUGAAAACUGUGCACAAAGAGUAAUUGUGUAAGAAAUUUUAAACUGGUGGAGGCUACUGUUUGGGAUCAGAAUCAAGAUUAAGAAUAAGGAGCUGUGAGGUUCCAACCUGUUCCAAUCAAUACACUAUGAAGACUAUUAAACACACCGUGUCCUCACUAUUCAGCAGUUCAAGGAGAAGUAGCAGUGGAAGUGACAAAGAUGAUGAAGUAAAACAAAACGGAAAGAAUGGAACUGGGAAGGGAAAAGGAGAUAGAAGCUGUAUUCCAAAGAUAAAUUAUCAGCGAAGGUUCUCAGUGCCUAAUGCAGAGGAUACAGAGUCUAAGAGCUCUAGCCCUGUGGUAGAGCAGUACCAGUAUCCAAUCUACCAAUGGCCAAGCUUCAGAAAACAAAAGAGCCAAAGACGACAUUCUGUGGCAGUGUCAGCCGGAGGACAGAUGGACCUCCUUCACCCGUCGAGGACACGACAGCGAAGAAGUCCCCUGGGACAACUGGAGGAGGAGGAGAGAAGGCCUAGUCUAGCAGACCUACAGGCUGAAGACCGGGAGAGACGACCUAGUCUAAUAAUGUAUCAAAGCGAGGAUACAGAGCACCCUGAUGUUGUGGCUCUUCAGAAACUUGUAGAUAGGUUACACUUCUCAGAACAGACGUAGUGAUCACACUUCUCAGAACAGACGUAGUGAUUACACUUCUCAGAACAGACGUAGUGAUUACACUUCUCAGAACAGUCGUAGUGAUUACACUUCUCAGAACAGACGUAGUGAUUACACUUCUCAGAACAGAUGUAGUACUUGAUUUACUUCUCAGAACA